AUGGCCGAAAAUCCUCUAAAUUUUAUUAAUUAUGGAAAAAAUGAGGCAGUGUGGCAACAGCAGCCUGAAGAAAAUGAUUCGAUAACAUCUCUUAGUGGCCAAAACAUGCAAAGUACAGCAUGGACGACAAAAAUUCUACCCUCGAACAAUUCUAUGUCCAGUCAAGGUUACUUUUUUGACAAUAUUGCAGUUGGCAGCAGUGUAAAUGUGUUAUCAUACUUACAACAGCAUCCGAAUUCAUUUCCAAUCAAGAACAGCGUGCAGUCAGUGUUUCACGAUGCGAGUACAACAGCAUUAAUUUACAAUUAUAAACCAUCAUGCAGUAUGACGCAUCAUCAAGUGAACAGUGUUCGGACUAAUCCAUUUGGGCAGAAUGAUACUGCUUUUCAGCCUCAGUUGCUUCCGAAUUUUUCAACAGCACCGUUUUCGUCCACGAUUCAGCAAGUGGACGCUUCUGCUCCGAUAUCAGCAAUUCCUCCACAGACGUCUUCUUUUCCCUGUCUGCCUGACCAAGAUACCAAUCCGGAUUCAGUUGUUACCGGCGCGCAAUAUCUACCUCCAGCUUCUGCUGAGCUCCUAACUAAAGUUGCUUAUAGGAGUAAUGCAAGAAACGAAAUUGGUUUACAUCACAGUUUUCCAAUUCUUAACAAACAUUCACAGCCACAACUGUUGAACGAUCAUUAUCUGAUGAAUGGAAAUUAUCCCGGUGGAGUGGGGAGUUUGCAACAAGAAUUUGCUCGAAUGAAUUAUGGGAUGCAGUCGACGAGAUAUGUCGAUUUGAUGCAGGAAAGGGAUUUAAUGAAAUAUGGAACUGAUGACGAGGAGAUUGCUCUUCCACCAACUGUUUGCAAUCCUGAUGCCCGAUGCAAUCCUAGCAUAUUUCGUUGCACACUAAGCUCGGUACCUCAAACUCAAGAACUGUUAAAAAAAUCGCGUUUACCAUUUGGACUCACCUUGCAACCAUUUAGAGACAUGAAGAAUCUCAACAUCAUCCAAACAUCGUCUAUUGUUCGAUGUCGAUAUUGUCGCGCUUAUAUUAAUCCUUAUAUUUAUCUGCCAGAUUCUCUUCACUGGAAGUGCAAUAUUUGCUAUCGCGUUAAUGACUUACCGGAUGAUUUCAAUUGGGAUCCUGCUACAAAAUCAUUUGGUGAACCGACUCAUCGUCCAGAAAUUAAAAACUCAACCGUCGAAUUUAUUGCUCCUUCUGAAUAUAUGUUGCGUCCGCCACAACCGGCAGUUUAUGUUUUUGUAAUGGACAUCAGUCAAAAUGCGGUUGAGACCGGUUAUCUUUAUACUUUCACUGAACAGCUUUUGAUUGCUUUGGAACAACUACCAGGCGACGAGCGUACCAUGCUUGGCUUUAUCGGUGUAGAUUCGGCUGUUCACUUCUUCCAGUUUCGAGAGAAAUCAAGUCCACAGCAGCUUAUAGUUGAAGAAUAUAAUAAUAUUUUUCUUCCAGUCAACUAUGGAUUGUUGGUAAAUCUUCGCAAAAACGUUGAUGUGAUACGUUUGUUUAUACAAAGUUUACCUGCUCUCUAUGAAUCAAAUUCCUCAACUUCAUGCUGCCUGGGUGCGGCAUUAACUGCGGCACAUCAGCUUAUUGCUGAUAUUGGUGGGAGAAUUACCGUGUUGUUGACAAUGAUUCCUGAUUUGGGGCCAGGAGCACUCAAAAGUCGAGAGGAUCCAAAUCAGCGAGCGGCCUCUGAAGUACCGAAUUUGUGUCCCGCAAAUGAUUAUUAUAAGCGUUUAGCGCUUGAAUGUACUGGCCAUCAAAUUGCUGUUGAUUUAUUUUUAAUGAAUAGUCAAUAUUCUGAUUUAUCAACCUUAGCUGAUAUGUCGAAGUUUAGCACAGGAUGUGUCUUUCACUUCCCAAAUUAUCAUAUAAAUCAUGAUCACCUGCAAGUCAAGAGAUUCCAAAAGCAGUUAAAUCGAUAUUUGAUUCGCAAAAUUGGAUUUGAAGCAGUGUUGAGGAUUCGAUGUACAAAAGGCUUGUCUUUGCAUACAUUUUACGGGAAUUUUUUUGUCCGCUCGACAGAUCUUUUGGCAAUGGCCAAUGUAAAUCCGGAUUCUGCAAUUGCUGCGCAAGUGCAAAUGGAAGAGAACCUUAUUGGUAUUAAUACGGCAUGUUUCCAAGCUGCCGUUUUGUACACAUCAAGUCGAGGUGACAGACGAAUACGUAUUCAUACGCUUUGUUUGCCGGUGACGAAAGAUUUAUCUGCUAUCUUCAGUCAUUUUGAUGUGAAAUGUGCUAUAUCGCUCCUUUCAAAAAUGGCAGUUGAACGCACCCUUGUGGGUGCAAGUUUGACAGAUUCCCGUGAAGCAAUGGUGAAUACUGUCGUUGAUGUAUUUGGUGCUUAUAACUCUGCUGUUUCCCGUAUAAGUCGUACAAGCUCUAUGUUAUCACCAAUUACUUCGAUGCGUUUGUUACCACUCUAUGUAUUGGGCAUGCUUAAACAUCGAGCAUUCGUCGCAGGGCAGUCUGUUAGAUUAGACAAUCGUGUGGCUGCUCUUCUUCUCUUUCGCAGUGCUCCCUUAGAAGUGAUCGAUUUAGAGUUGUACCCUGCUUUAUAUAAACUCAAUCAUUUUGUUGAGAAUGAAGCUGACCCGCCAAGGUUACAUCUCUCUUUCGAGCAUAUAAAUCGAGAUGGUGUAUAUUUACUAGAUACAGGCUCAUGUGUUUACAUAUACAUUUCAUCAAAUGUUGAGUCCAGCAUUAUAAAACGUUUAUUUGAUGUGAAUACGUUCGAAAAAAUUGAUGAUGAAAGUCCAUUUGAAGCUCUUGACAAUCCAUUCAGUAGUAGGGUACACAAUUUUCUCCGUAAGCUUUCUGUUUAUCGAACUGUGUUUGCUCCAGUGAUAUUAAUACGAGAGGAUAGCCCCAUACGCAGUUUGUUCUCUGGACGUCUGAUUGAUGAUCGCACAGAAUCAUCCCACAGCUAUAUCGAAUUUCUGAGUCAUAUUCGACAAGAAAUGCGGAAGUAG